ACAACAUGAAAACGGACAGCACUUGACGCCUAUAGCUCCCUGGUCAAGCGCGGGGUAUGGUCCCUAGAUAUGGGAAGCCCUCGCUCCAGCCUCAAACCAACUCAGCCUGAUUCUGUCAAGUUAUGAAUCUCUUACAUUGUGGUAUGGUUGCAUACAUUGAGAUACCUCAAGAUGAAGCUCAUGAACUUGGCGACAUCUGCGAUUGCGAGCCUACUGUCAAAACGAGACUAUUCUGUCGCCACUUGCCCGUCGGCAUGCUUCUCCAUCUGCGACGAAGCUCAAGUGCUUGCUGAGGCAGUAGGCUACAACUAUACCGCCCUAUGCUCACCGGGCUCAGCAUUCAUGGAUGGAUAUGCAUCGAUUCAAUCGUGCAUUGCUGCUAACACGGACAGUUCCACGACGGACGAUUUCCCAGAAUUGCAACAGUAUGUAAACUACUGUAAUUCAGGGUCAGGGUCGCAGGACACGUCCUCAGUCACGCAGGUCACGUCUUCAGUCACGCAGGUCACGUCCUCAGCCACGCAGGACACGUCCUCAGUCACGCCGGAAACUACACAAGUCCCCCCCACCUCAACGUCGUCCCAGACGACUUACCAAGCUUCCUCAGCAUCAACGGUGUCGUCCCUUGGGUCUCUAUCGUCGGCCGAAUCCUCCAUCAGUUCAGUCGGCUCAGUCCUUGCAUCUGCCGCCUCUUACGCAUCGUCAAUCUCCAUGAGCGAAUAUGCUGUCACCUGGUGCUUGUACUAUUCGAUCAGUCAUAGCUCGAUAGCCGUGAACUGCACAAGCUGUAAGGAAGGCGACCGUUUGAAGUGCUGGCUGACAAACCGCAGCUCCAGCUGCCACAACUGCUCCCUCGACUACGGUCACCAGUACCCCUCUGCCAGGUGCGGUGACCUCUCUUCAACCGAGUGGAGUCACCUCUUCCCUGCCUGGUGGAGUGGCUUCUACACGCGAAAGUCACAUAGGUGCCAUUGCCGGUGGAGUGGUGGGAGGGGUGGUAGGACUGUCCUUCAUUGUUCUCGCGGGGGUUCUCUUCUGGAGGCGGCGCAGGAGGCGGGCACGAAGCGAUCAUACGGAUACUCCUACAGAAAAGGCACAGCUUCAUGCUGACGAUAUUAAGCCGGACCGUAAAGAGCUACCAGGCACGGAGGGUUCGCAGGAGUUGCUGGAGAAGAAACCUGCGGAAUUGGCUGCGAAUGAAGAGGUGGAAAGAAACAACCUGAAAGAAUUACCGUCCAAUGAACCGCCGGGGCAUGAGAUGGAGACUACCGGGAACGAGAUGGCAGUGCUAGACAGAAUGGCGCGAUUAACGGACUCGACAACGCUCGUUAGCAGCAGCUC